AUGACACUCGCCAUUCCUCAAGAAAUUUCCACCGCGCUUGAAGUACUAGAUAGUAUAGGGGCCACCGUCAAUACGAUCGCCAUCAACCUGGGAGCCAAUAGACUCGAUAGGAGGAGCUUCCGGAAAUAUCUUUGCGAUUACGCUGACCGCGCUGCGUCCGAUGGCCGACUCAUCAAUGCUUCGAAGGAAGACAUCCCUCAAUGUGCCAACCGUGGCUUGCUUCUAGCGUACGCGCAUAUGGAGUUGAUAUGUUGGCUUGCAAACAACAACUAUACCAUGUCAUCUUCGUCGGUCAAAUGGUACAGCUGGAGGAAAAUACGCGCGAAAUACUGCCUCCCUUUACUUGGAGUUUCGCCGCAAAAGUCCCAUUUAUUAAAGAAGUUGCGAUAUAUCAGGACCAUAGCUGAUCAAGUAUACGCUGAAAUCGACGCAAAAAAUGUCCCGCCCUUGGAUGGGCCUGUCAGAUACCGGAAGGUCUCAGCUCGACCGCCGGUUGAUCCACCUCCAGGAAUGGACGACCUUGUUCAUCGGGCCAGCCUUGCCCACAAGCAGCUCGCCCAGUGA